UUUUUUUUUUUAAAAAAAAAAAAAGUCACCCCCUUUUUGUCGAUUUACACUAGACCCGCUUUUACCCGCCAUCACAUCUGUAGCAAGAAGAUGCUAUGAGUAGUAGAUUGAUGUUGCAUUCUUCUAAGUUCUAAGAUAACUUAACGUUCAACAAAGUGUUAUCUAAUACUAAGGAUGUCACAUGAUAACAUCCCUAAAGCGAAUCAUCUUGAGUUCCCAAAUUUGAUACCAACAACUCAAGUCCCCGCCCAAACGGACCGCUACUUUUGAAACAAGCCAUGCUUAUGAUUUGGGGAUUUGAGGCUAAAGUUAAAUAUUACUCGGAGCGCCUCGGAGAGACUAAAUCAUUACUUACCUAUGUUGGUAACAAUCGCUCACGGAGAUUGGAAGGUAGCCGAAGGUAUGAUUCAUUAUGACCUUAAUAUGUAAAAACUACUUUAUCAUUCAAUGAUAGAGAGCCUGUCAACAACCCAAGCAAACAUACGACUUGAACUCCAGGACCUUUUGCGACCUUGCGACUAUAACUUCAUACCCCCAAACCUGAGCGACACCUGCGAAUGGAUAUGGUCUCAUCCGGUAUUCUCUCAGUGGCUUCCAACUAUCGGAAUUGCCGGUCAUGGGAAUUUUGCACCCCGGAUGAUGUGCAUAUAUGGCACUAAGGGGUGCGGGAAAUCUGUUCUGGCUGCAUCAAUAGUUGAGCGCUUGAAGAUACCAGACAAAGUCGCCGCGCUAUUCUCAUUCUGGGCCAGCAGAGAGAGCCAGCGCAAACUUACAGAUUUCCUACCCACACUCUUAUGGCAUCUUCUGCAGUACAUUUCUGACGAGGAUAUCCAGACAAUCUAUACCCCAUUAGUUAGGAGCUUGCCCUUCAACCAACAUAGCAUCGGAGAUGCUAUCAAGAAGACCGGUAUUCUAAUUGAAUUAACCAUUUCUUGCGUUUUGGAUGCCAUUGACGAGUCCGCCGAUGACUGGUCUCGAUGCCAGGGUGGGAGUUUGGAAUACGUCCUUGAACUUCUCCAGGCGGUGCCGGACCUUCACCCCGUCCUUCUUGGCCGAGAGCCAGCAAUGCAGGAUGCUAAGACAUCCACAUUUUGAUCGUGGAGGUCACAGAAGAUACGGUCAGACACGAUAUUCAUAAAUUCAUCGAUGCGGAAUUAGACCGGUCGCCAAAGGUACAAAUACUUGCCAUCAGGCAAGUUGUUCGGCAAUCUUUCCAGGAAAGGUCCAAGAUAAUGUUCCUGUAGGUCUCACUUGUCUUUACACAGUUGAACCGUUGCUACCUUGCCAGUGAAAUCAAGGUAACUUUGGAAUAUAUGCCACACGACUUAGAUCGAGAGUAUCAUCGGCUAUUUUCCCAGCUUAUUCAAAGAUUCGGAGGGAACCCAGCACGCCCGUCCAUGUUCCUGCAACGCACAAAGUGUCUACUGUCCCUAAUUACAGGGCAUUGCACAGACAAAACAAACAAAACAAUUGCAAUUUAUUUGACUGCCUCAAACAAACAUAAAUAAUUCGAGAGUCCUGUUUGUUCGCCAAAAUCUAUUGUUUUAGUUGCUUAAUAACCAGGAAAAGUGGGUCAAAAUAUACCCUUGCUCACGCCUCUAUCGCCAACCUUACCGUCGCCCCCCGAACUUAUUGCCUUGAGAGAAUUAAUCUUUAGGGACUACUUUUAAGAUAACUUAGUUAAAUACUUUAAUUUAGCUAAAAACUCGUUCGUAUUCGGCUGAUAUAGCAGGCAACGGCGAGGGCGGUAAUAAAAAUCCAAUGGCAAGAAUAAGGAUUAGGAGAGUAAGAGAUUAAAG